CUAAGAGUCGCAGCGGCUGAGGGGAGCCUGUAAGACGCCUUCUCCCGUCUGUCUCCUCCCGGCUCCGCCGUUCGCCGGCUCCGUGUCCGCCGAAGGCGGGACGAGCGGGUGGCCGCGGCCUGAGUCCAAAAGAUUGAUCGUUCCUUUCCAGAUUGAUCGCCUGCACUAUGUCUGCAGCCCGCGCGGCUCUCACACUCUUCCUGGUGGGCUGCUCUGCGCUUGCGCUCCACGAGGCCCACCCGCACCCGGCUGAGUCCUACGUGGCUGCCGUGUACGAGCACCCAGCUCUCCUGGCCCCAAACCCUCUAGAGCUCACCAGCCGCCAGCAGGCCCUGGAGCUCAUGAACUGGAACCUGGACAUCUAUGAACAGCAAGUGAUGGCCGCAGCUCAGAAGGGUGUGCAGAUUAUAGUGUUUCCAGAAGAUGGAAUCCAUGGAUUCAACUUUACAAGAACAUCCAUUUACCCAUUCUUGGACUUCAUGCCACCCCACGAGCUGGGCAGGUGGAACCCGUGUCUGGAGCCCCACCGGUUCAGUGACACAGAGGUCCUCCAGCGCUUAAGCUGUAUGGCUGUCAAGGGACAGAUGUUCUUGGUGGCCAAUCUUGGGACAAAACAGCCCUGCCUCAGCCAUGACCCAGGGUGUCCACAAGACGGGAGGUACCACUUCAACACGAAUGUAGUGUUCAGCAGCAAUGGAACCCUCGCUAACCGCUACCGUAAGCAUAACCUAUACUUUGAGGCUGCUUUUGACAGCCCUGCUGAAGUGGACCUCAUCACAUUUGACACCCCCUUUGCUGGCAAGUUUGGCAUGUUCACUUGCUUCGACAUUCUGUUCUUCGACCCUGCCGUGCAACUCCUCAGAGACUCUGAGGUGAAGCACAUCGUGUACCCCACCGCAUGGAUGAACCAGCUGCCGCUCUUGGCUGCCAUUGAGAUUCAGAAAGCAUUCGCCGCUGCCUUUGGUGUCAAUGUUCUGGCAGCUAACAUCCACCACCCAUCUCUGGGGAUGACAGGCAGUGGCAUACACACCCCUCUGAAGUCCUUUUGUUACCAUGACACGGACAGCCCCAAAGGUCACCUUAUAAUUGCUCAGAUAGCUAAAAAUCCACCGAGUCUUGUCAGGACAGAGAAUGCAACCAAUGAAAGGGACCCAUCCCACAGCAAGUUCUUGAAAAUCCUGUCAGAUGAUCCAUACUGUGAGAAGGAUGCCCAGGAAGUGCACUGUGAUGAGGCCGACAAGUGGAACAUGAACAUACCCCCCACUUUUCACUCAGAGAUGAUGUAUGACAAUUUCACCCUGGUCCCUGCCUGGGGAAAGGAGGGCUAUCUCCAGGUCUGCUCAAACACCCUUUGCUGUCACUUACUCUAUGAGAGGCCCACCCUGUCCACAGAGCUGUAUGCCUUGGGUGUCUUCGAUGGCCUCCACACGGUGCAUGGCACUUACUACAUUCAAGUUUGUGCCCUGGUCAAGUGUGGGGGUCUUGGCUUCGACACGUGUGGGCAGGAGAUCACGGAGGCUGAGGGACUAUUUGACUUUCACCUGUGGGGGAACUUCAGUACUUUCUAUAUAUUUCCUUUGUUUCUGACCUCAGGGAUGACUCUGGACACCCCUGACCAACUUGGCUGGGAGAAUAACCACUACUUCCUGAGGAAGAGUGGACUGUCCUCAGGACUGGUGACAGCGGCUCUCUACGGGCGGCUGUAUGAUAGGAACUAGGAAAGUGUGUGGUCUGUGGGAUGGCCCUGCCAUCAUGCCCUUCUAUAGCUGCACACAAGUGCUGGCCCCACCUCUGCCCAGAGGGUAGAAUCCCACUUCUAUGGCAUCUGAUCCCACCAUGGAAGUUGUGGGAAGCCGUGGGAGAGGCAGUUCUAUCUUCUUUCAACAUAAUGACUGAUACAUCUUCUAUUCAUACUGCCUUUCCAAGCUACACCUUCCUCUAAAAACUCACUACAUAAUUGGUUUGAAAUGCUCAAACAAAGUAAUAAAUGUCCGUUGCUAUUUUACACA